UUUAAAUAAAUUUAAAAUCUUUUGAAAAAGUUUCUAACAAUAGCAUUGAUUAUUUACAUUGUUUAAAUUUUGUUAAUCUGUCAGCAGCUCCAUACAGUACAUGACCUAUUAGAUUUAUCAGGAAAAAGUCAAGCCGAUCAUGUGAAAGCUACUUAGUUACUUGUACGUUAUAAAUUAGUUUUUAAAAUAUAAUCCUUUAUCUUUAUGAAUAAAUAUAAGUUACAGUUACGUAACAAAAGUGCAAUAUCGUAAACAGUUGAAGGAGAAUAAUCUGGAAUCUAAAAUGGCGUAUUUUCAAUCUGUGCAUAAAAGUGAGAUACCUAUAAAUUGUCAUUUAUGUGAUUCUAAGAAAAACAUCAAGUGGAAAUGCUUAGACUGCGGACUUUUCAUCUGUGAUAAGUGUAAAGAAGGAAGACAUCUUAGAAUUAAAAAUGCACAGGAUCAUAAAGUCAUAAGUAUCAAAGAUGUAGGUCUACAUUGUGAAAAAUUGGAUUUUACAAAUAUUAAAUGUACCAACCAUACUGAACAAUCCUGCUGUCUGUUUUGCAAAAGAUGUGGAAGUCUAGUGUGUCCAACUUGUGUGUCUAAAGUUCAUAAGAAACAUGCAAAUGACCUUAUUGAAAUCAGUGAAGCAUAUAAAAUUAAAAUGGAUGGACUGAAAGAAGGACAAAGUUAUAUUAAAAAGGAAAAGGAAAAAGCCAUUACCAUAAAAAAGCAAUUGGAACAACGUAAGAAUGCUGAAAAUGCCAAGUAUAACAAAGUUAUUCCUAAUAUUCUGAAUCAUGGAAAUGCAUUGAAAAAGGCAAUUGACAAAUAUAUUGAAGAAAUGAAAGAUGAUGUUGACCAAUACCUGAAAGAUACUUUGAAAUCAAUAGACACAGACCUUCAUAACUUAUCAAAAUCUAUGGAGCAUGCUAACGAGAAAAACAGGGAAGUUGAGAUUUUAAUCAAAACCAAAGAUGUCGCAAAGUUUUUUUCAGAAGUCAGCUAUAACAAAUCAAAGGAAGUUCUAGUACCAAAACCACAAUCUUCAUAUAAUUCCAUACCAAACUUUCUUCCAGGGGAGAUCACUCAAUCUAAUGUUGGGGUGCUACAAAAUGUAGAGAGUCCAGAAAAAUUAAGUGUUGCCUUUAAAAUCUGUCAAGAAUAUCAGACAGAACUUUCAAGAGUAUCACAAAUCAUUCCAUGUGCUGACAAUUUGGUCUGGAUUAAUUCAAGUUCAGAUGGUUGUAUUAUAAAUGCAGAAACUAAGGGGAGAAAACUCACUGUGUUAUCUACCUUUAACAUGACUGUCUAUGGUAUGGCAAUAACCCAAACUAACGAACUCCUUCUUUCGGUUCACGGUAAAUCCAGACUACAAAAACUCAAUACUACUACUGGUAAACUAACAGACACAGACUUUAAUGUGGAUCCUCUGGUACCUAUAAGUAUCCAUAUCACCAGUGGUAACAAGCUUAUAGUUGUAGGAAUCAGCAAUAAACUUGGAAGAAAGGCUGUUUUCGUAAUAAACCAUAGAGGAGACCAUGAAAUUGUGUAUGAAUAUGAUAAACACAAUCAACCUAUGUUCACUUACCUGAGGAGUAUCACAAGUACCAGUGAUGGGAAUAUUCAACUGGUAGAUUUUCACAAAGGUAAAAAAGGAAGAGUGGUUGUUUUGGGGAAAGGAAGUGAUAUAGUUAAUUCAUAUACCGGAGAUCCCAAAAUCAACAAACAUAAAUCAUUUAAACCACAGAGAAUAGCAACAACAUCAAAAGACAAUGUGAUCGUGACUGAUUUAGACACAGAAAUAAUACAUAUUCUAAAUAGUAAAGGCUGUCUAAUAUCAUGGUACAACACUAAAGACAUAGGUAUACUACAUCCAUUCUCCCUUGCCCUUACCCCGACAGGACAGGUCUACAUUGGUUGCACUAGACAAGCAGGUAGUACAGCAAAGGAAGCCAAGAUUUAUGAAGUGACUAUAUCGGGAUGUUAAAAACAUGUCAUCAUAUCAUUUUUGAUAGAUUGUCUAAUACCUUCUAUAUUUAAAAGACUCUACUAACAUCUCCAUAUAAAUAAACUACACACUGUUUAUAA